AUGAUGGAUGUAUUGUUUACAAGUCAACGUAAUGAAUCUGAUGAUUACUAUGCAAUUCUUGGCUGUGAUGAACUUUCAAAUAAAGAUCAAAUUCAAACUGAAUAUCGUAUUCGAGCACUUCAAUUACAUCCAGAUAAAAAUUUAGAUGAUCCAAAAGCAAUGGAACAAUUUAAACAACUUCAAGAAGCUAAGGAUGUUUUAUGUGAUGAUAUUAAACGUAAAGCAUAUGAUAAUUGGCGCAAUAGUCAUAUAAGUGUACCAUGGAAAACAUGGAAUUCAAUCAAUGAACGAAGUCAACCGGUAAGAAAAAACAAUAGAAAAAAAAAACACAGCUGCUCGUUUUCUCUUUUCAAAUACUUUUUAAUGAGACUUAUUCAAUCUUUUUCACGUUUAAGUAAAAUAUAACAUCAAAAGAACAUGGAGAGUAUACGUAAUCGCCUACGGUCACUCUAUUCGAACAGAAAAAAAAACAACAAUAAUCAUCAUUUUCUUUACUAUCUCAUUUUUCAUUCAUUUUCAUCUGUCCGCCCCACUGAUCGAACAAGUUUUUACAUUCAUUCCUUCUUUUUUUUUCUUUUCUCUGUACACAAAAUAACAUGACGAAGAGAAUAUCACAUAUACUGUUGAAUAGAGAAAUAAAAGUACACAAUUGAAUUAAGUUUUAAUCCAUUUUGUUUGUG